AUGUUUACAAAACGAUUUCCGCAUCCGCCUUAUAAAUUUUGUGUCUGCUUGGACAGCUCUUUCUUUCUUUUCUCUCAGACUCUUAACAGACUGAAGAAAUCUCUUCGAGCAAACAAUUAUCAACCAAUCUUAUUUCGACUAAUUUAAUUUUACACAUUUCUCAAAUCAAUAUGGCAGGGAAUGGUCCUGAUAAUUCACGACCUCAAUCUGAUGGAGUUCCCGGUAUGGAACCAGACGGUGUCAUAGAUAGUAACUGGGAAGAAGUUGUCACCAGUUUUGAUGACAUGGGUCUUAAAGAAGAAUUAUUAAGAGGAAUUUAUGCUUAUGGUUUUGAAAAACCAUCCGCUAUCCAGCAAAGAGCUAUCAUACCGUGUAUAAAAGGCCACGAUGUCAUCGCUCAAGCACAGUCUGGUACUGGUAAAACCGCUACCUUCUCUAUCUCAAUUCUUCAACAAAUUGAUACUAGCAUGAAUGAAUGCCAAGCUCUCAUUCUUGCUCCCACUCGAGAAUUGGCUCAACAGAUUCAAAAAGUGGUCCUCUCAUUAGGUGAUUACAUGCAUGCGCAAUGCCAUGCUUGUAUCGGUGGAACCUCAGUGAGGGCUGAUAUCAGCAAGCUUGAAAUGGGCACCCACAUCGUUGCCGGAACUCCCGGAAGAGUUUCGGAUAUGAUUGCAAGGCGUGCUUUACGUACGGACCACAUUAAAAUAUUUGUUCUAGAUGAAGCUGAUGAAAUGCUCUCUAGAGGUUUUAAGGACCAAAUCUACGAUGUUUUUAAAAGACUAGAAACGGAUGUUCAGGUCAUUCUAUUAUCGGCCACCAUGCCACAAGACGUAUUAGAAGUCACCAAGAAAUUUAUGCGUGACCCCGUCAGAAUCUUGGUUAAGAAAGAGGAAUUAACAUUAGAGGGUAUAAAACAAUUUUUUGUAUAUAUUGAACGAGAGGAAUGGAAGUUUGAAACCCUUUGCGAUCUGUACGAGACUCUUACAAUCACACAAGCAGUCAUUUUCUGCAACACCCGAAGAAAGGUUGAUAUGCUAACACAAAAAAUGCAAGCCAGGGAUUUCACCGUGUCACAUAUGCAUGGUGAUAUGGAACAAAAGCAACGUGAUGUCAUUAUGCGUGAAUUCAGAACUGGCUCCAGCAGAGUUCUUAUCACAACUGACUUACUGGCUCGUGGUAUUGAUGUACAACAAGUAUCGCUUGUUAUUAAUUAUGACUUGCCUACUAACAGAGAAAACUAUAUACAUAGAAUCGGAAGAGGUGGCCGUUUCGGUAGGAAAGGAGCUGCCAUUAACUUUGUUACAGCUGACGACAAACGAAACUUACAAGACAUUGAGCAACACUAUAAUACAACUAUAGAAGAAAUGCCUAUGAACGUCGCUGAUUUAAUUUAAACACCCCUUUGAACUCCCUUUAUUUGAAUUAACCCUAUAAAUUGAAUUGAUUAUUGUAUCUUAUAGGAAUGAACAUUGGAUUUCAAAUUGAAUGUGAAAAGGUUAACUUGAACAUUAAAAUGAAAGGUAAAUUGUUGAAUAAAAGAAACAACAAUCAAUUAACUGAAUUAAGUAUUAUUUGAUUUAUCAAUUGUAAGAACAAGUGACAAUUGUAAUAAGAAAAUGACUUGCUUUAAUCUAAUUAGAAUACAUUUGAGAUUUUUUUAUUAA